CGACUAAUGUGGUGCCGUGGGUUCUUUACUGCGACUUCUUUUGGCGCCGAGGCGACGAGUUACCGGCUUCGCGCAGAUCCUGGACUGACGCUCCGUGUCGGUCACAGCUGACUGACCCACACCCUUCCCUGAGCAUUCCCUUGCUUGCACACACUCUAGAUCCGCGUGCAGAGUCCUAAUCCAUGGACCACGAGCCUCAUGAACCCUCCGCUGGCGUCAUCUCGGUUCCAAGCCAGCCGCCCAGCGAGCCUUCUGGGCCUGGUCCUCAGGGGCUUGGUCCUCAGGGGCCCAGCGCGGGGGGCGACUCAGGCACCAUGAGCCAGGACACCGAGGUGGACAUGAAGGAAGUGGAACUGAACGAGCUGGAACCCGAGAAGCAGCCGAUGAACGCGGCGUCUGGGGCGGCGAUGGCCGUGGUCGUGACAGGCGGCACCGAGAAGAAUGGUCUGGUUAAGAUCAAGGUUGCCGACGACGAGGCGGACGCGGCGGCCGAGGCCAAGUUCACGGGCCUGUCUAAAGAGGAGCUGCUGAAGGUGGCGGGCAGCCCCGCCUGGGUACGCACCCGCUGGGCGCUGCUGCUGCUCUUCUGGCUCGGCUGGCUGGGCAUGCUGGCCGGCGCCGUGGUCAUCAUCGUGCAGGCGCCACGCUGCCGCGAGCUGCCAGAGCAGAGAUGGUGGCACAAGGGCGCCCUCUACCGCAUUGGAGACCUUCGGGCCUUCCUGGGCCACGAUACAGGCAACCUAGCGGGCCUUAAGGAGCAGCUCGAUUACUUAAGCACCCUGAAGGUGAAGGGUAUUGUGUUGGGCCCAAUUCAUAAGAACCAGGAGGAUGACCUCACAGAGACCAACUUGGAACAGAUCGACCCCAUUUUUGGCUCCAAGGAAGAUUUUGAGAGUCUCCUGCACUCUGCCAAGAAGAAGAGCAUCCGGGUCAUCCUGGACCUCACUCCCAACUACAAGGGCCAGAACCCUUGGUUUCAAUCCAUUCAGACUGACACUGUGGCCAUCAAAAUGAAGGAAGCUCUGAGGUUUUGGCUGCAGACCGGUGUGGAUGGGUUUCAGGUUCGGGACGUGCAGAAUCUGACAGAUCCGUCUUCAUUCUUAGCUGAGUGGCAGAACAUCACUAAGAGCGUCAGCGAGGAUCGGCUUUUGAUUGCAGGCACAGACUCCUCCGACCUUCAGCAGAUCCUGAGGCUGCUUGAACCCACCAAGGACCUGUUGUUGACUAGCUCUUACCUGUCACACUCCAGCUUAACUGGGAAUCAUACAAAUUUCCUGGUCACCCAGUAUCUGGACGCCUUUGGCAGCAACUGGUGCAGCUGGAGUGUGUCUCAGGCGGGGCUCCUGACUUCCUUUGUGUCGCCCCAACUCCUCCGACUAUACCAGUUGCUGCUCUUCACCCUGCCGGGAACCCCAGUGUUCAGCUAUGGAGACGAGAUUGGCCUGGAGGGAGCUGGCCUUUCUGGACAGCCUGCGAAGGCCCCAGUCAUGCUGUGGGAUGAAUCCAGCUUUCCCAACACCUCAGCAUCUAGAAACAUCAGCAUGACUGUGAAGGGCCAGAGUGGGGACCCUGACUCCCUCCUCUUCCUGUUCCGCUGGCUGAGUGAUCAGCGGGGUAAGGAACGCUCCCUGCUGCAUGGAGACUUCUACAAUCUCUCCUCGGGGCCCGACCUCUUCUCCUACAUCCGCCAGUGGGACCAGAAUGAACGUUUCCUCGUAGUGCUCAACUUUGGGGAUGUGGGCCAACUGGCCAGGCUGGGGGCCUCCAACCUGCCCACCGGCACCAGCCUGCCAGCCAAGGUGGAUCUGCUGCUCAGCACCCAGCCAGGCCGUGAGAAGGGCACCUCCCUUGAGCUGGAGCACCUGAACCUACAACCUCAUGAGGGGCUACUGCUCCGCUUCCCCUACGUGGCCUGACCUGGGCCCACUACCCUUCCCCUUCCCUCCCCAGGCCCUUUGGGUUCUGAUUUCUCUCUUUCCUUUUUUUUAAACUUAUAGAUGAACCCCCAAAUAGGGUGUUUUCUGGUUUCAAAUAAAAGUCACUCCUGCCUGGUGAGGCCAUGCCUUCUUUC